AUGGACAGCAUAGAGAGGAUGCUGAAGGUCAAGUUCUUCCUCGUACAUACUGGCCACACGAGCUUGGGAUGCCUGUGGAACAUAACCAUAACCAUGAUGAAUGGAAUGGAUCUCAUAGUGUGGAAAGAGCUAGUUCUUUUGCUUGCUGCUUUGCUUCUUGCUGUAACUGCAACUGCUCCUUGCGGAAUAAAUUGCUUUUUCACUGUCAGACUGUUUUCAGAAGAACUCCAGUUUCCUGAUGAGAGUAGCAUCACUGGUUUUUUCGUUCCUGAUUUAAUCCAUACCUGCGGCACCGAUGGCACUUCUGUGGAAGUUUACGAACUUCCUAAGAUCCCUUCCACUCAUUCAAGUAAAAGUUGGUUAACUACAUCAUUACAUUCCAGAAAAUCGCCCUUUGACAACUGCCUUCACGACAUCAACAACUCUUCACCCGGGCGCCAUUUUGAAAAGUACGACAGCCUCGUUGUCAUACAUACACCACGAAAAGGCUGCCUCACUUCCAUGUUAACCAAGAUGGCGUCGAGUAGGCCUUCGAGCAGAAGUAAAAAGGCGAAGCGUGCAGCUAGCCCUGCCGCUGCGCCUGCUGCUCCAAGCAAGCGCAGAAGACCAAUAACACCCUGUGUGGCCGAUGAUUUGGACUCCACGUCAAGCAGUCCGUCGUCUUACAGUGUUGUCAGCGAGGCGAGUGUUCAACCCAAUGGACAGUUUGUCUUCAAAGAUACUAAUUUCGAGCACUCAGGGGUUAAUGCAGGCAAGAAAAAGAUCUGGAAAAAUUUAAAACAGAUUAUGACAUUGGAGAGAGGACUUCCUUGGAAACAGGAUGACCCAACAUAUAGCAGUGUAGAUGCCCCACCUUCGUUUAAACCAGCCAAAAAGUAUGCCGACCUCUCAGGCUUACCAGCGAAAUACAAGGACCCAAGGACAGGAAUACAAUACAACAACUCUAUGGAGUUUGGUUCAAUCCGUAGUUUGCCCAUGGACAUUGUCAGUGGUUAUCUGGCUCUGAGGAAAGCAGCCCCUGCGUGAAAUACAGUUUUGAUUUGUAGAUGUGUAAAUAAGUGAGAAUUUAAACAGAGUUUUGUAAAUAUAAUAUUUCAAGUUUAAAAAUACAAUAUAUUUUUUCAAA